UGAAUCCUAACACAUUUCAUAAAUGAUUUGUCGGCGGAGUAGGUCUGAAAACAUGUCUGAAAACAGCUACUUUAAUUUCAGGAGAUCUCUCCUGAAGAUGUUUCCACAACCAGGGAAAUCGAUUGUCUUUGACAACUUUCCAGAUCCCACUGAUGCCUGGGACAUCAUCGAGACAAUCGGGAAAGGGACCUACGGAAAAGUCUAUAAGGUGCUCAACAAACUUGAUGGAAGUAAAGCGGCUGUCAAGAUACUGGACCCCAUCCAUGAUAUUGAUGAGGAGAUUGAAGCAGAGUACAACAUCCUCAAAGCUCUUUCAGACCAUGCCAACGUUGUCAAAUUCUACGGGAUGUACUACAAGAAGGAUGUGAAGUGUGGAGACCAGUUGUGGCUCGUUCUGGAGCUCUGCAACGGUGGCUCUGUGACAGAUCUGGCUAAAGGCAUGCUGAAGAGGGGAGACAGGAUGGAUGAAGCCAUUAUUGGUUACAUCUUGCAUGAGGCCCUCAUGGGCCUCCAGCACCUGCACAUCAACAAGACCAUCCACCGUGACGUCAAAGGCAACAACAUCCUGUUGACGACACAUGGAGGGGUCAAACUUGUGGACUUUGGUGUUUCAGCCCAGCUGACAAAUACCCGUCUGAGGAGGAACACCUCUGUGGGAACUCCCUUCUGGAUGGCUCCGGAGGUAAUAGCAUGUGAGCAGCAGCUGGACUCAACCUACGAUGCCCGUUGUGAUGUGUGGUCCCUCGGCAUCACCGCCAUAGAGCUUGGAGAUGGAGACCCGCCCCUGUCCGAACUCCACCCAAUGAGAGCCCUUUUCAAAAUACCCAGAAAUCCUCCGCCUACUCUCCACCAGCCGGAGCUCUGGUCAGACGACUUUAAUGACUUCAUCUGCAAGUGUUUGAUUAAGGACUUUGAGCUGAGGCCAAAUGUGCUAGACCUGCUGCAGCACGUGUUCAUCAAAAAGAUUGUUGGCAGAGAGAAAAUACUGCAGAAACAAUUGCUCGAACUCAUUGAUCUCAACCAACAAAUAGGAGUCAUUGAAAAAACAAGGCAUGAACGCAUCCACACUAAAAGAGGAGGCCACAUGAAGACGCAGACUGACCCAGAAGAGGUUGACGACCUCGCCACCCUAGAACUUCUAGAUGAGAACACAGUCACAGAGCAGCUUCAGAAUCGCUAUGGACGAGAUCAGAUCUACACGUAUGUGGGAGACAUCCUCAUCGCAGUCAAUCCUUUCCAUAAGAUGGAGAUAUAUACUCCUGAGUACACCAAGAUGUACAUAGGAGCUAAGCGAACAGCUAACCCACCACACAUCUUCGCUGUCGCCGAUAUGGCGUACCGGUCCAUGGUGUCAUACAACACAGACCAGUGUAUUGUGAUCAGUGGGGAAAGUGGAGCUGGGAAAACAGAGGGCGCUCAUCUGUUGGUGCAGCAGCUGACAGUGCUCGGAAAGGCCAACAAUCGGACGCUCCAGGAGAAAAUCCUGCUGGUGAACAGCCUGGUGGAAGCGUUUGGAAACGCCUGCACCGCCAUCAACGACAACUCCAGCCGAUUUGGCAAAUACCUGGAGAUGAAGUUCACCUGCGGAGGAACGGUGGUUGGAGCGCAGAUAUCCGAGUACCUGCUGGAGAAAUCCAGGGUCAUCCACCAGGCAGUAGGGGAGAGAAACUUCCACAUCUUCUACUACAUCUACGCUGGCCUGGCCGACAGGAAGAAACUCGCCCACUACAAGCUCUCCGACAGCAAAACACCUAAGUAUCUGUGUAACGAGCACAUUAAAUUAGGGCCUGACAUCGUGAGCAACACCUUCUACAAGGAGCAGUUUGAUGCAGUGGAGCAGUGUUUCAAAGUCAUUGGAUUCACCCUGGAGGAGCUGGGCAGUGUUUACAGCACGCUGGCUGCCAUCCUCAACUCCGGCGAUAUUGAGUUUUCUCCGGUUGCCACGGAGCAUCAAACAGACAAGAGUGACAUCUCCAACAUUUCAGUCCUGGAGAACGUGGCCUCGCUGCUGUGCAUCCGCUCAGACGAGCUCCAGGAAGCGCUGACCUCCCACUGCGUUGUGGCCCGGGGAGAGACGAUCGUCAGGCCCAACACGGUGGAAAAAGCGGCGGAAGUGAGGGACGCCAUGGGCAAGGCUCUCUACGGCCGCCUCUUUAGCUGGAUCGUCAACCGCAUCAACGCGCUGCUGCGGCCCGACAGCCACCUGGAAGAGAAUGAGAAGGGCCUGAACAUCGGCAUCCUGGACAUCUUUGGCUUCGAGAACUUCAAGAAGAACUCAUUUGAGCAGCUUUGCAUCAACAUCGCCAACGAGCAGAUCCAGUUUUACUUCAACCAGCACAUAUUCGCCUGGGAGCAGGAUGAGUACCUGAAUGAGGAGGUGGACGCUCGGAUGAUUGAGUACGAGGACAACCGGCCCCUCCUGGACCUGUUCUUGCAGAAGCCCAUGGGGAUGCUGUCACUUCUGGACGAGGAGAGUCGCUUCCCUCAGGCCACCGACCAGACCCUCGUAGAGAAAUUUGAAGAUAACCUGAAGACCAAAAGCUUCUGGAGACCAAAAAGGGUUGACCUCGGCUUUGGUAUCCACCACUACGCUGGAAAGGUGAUUUACAACGCUGCAGGCUUCUUGGCCAAGAACAGGGACAUGCUGCCGGCCGACAUUGUUCUGCUGCUGAGGUCGUCAGAGAAUGAGCUCACUCGCAAACUUGUCACCCACCCCCUCACCAAAACAGGCAACCUUGCCCACACCAAGGGUAAAGGCAUAAACACAAUGCGCAGCCCGCGGACCCCGACACGCACCAUCACCUUCGCCAAGAUGGGAGUGCUAACCUUAUACAGUUGUUUUUCUUUCAGUGAGACUGUUGACCAUGGAGAAACGCCUUACCACCCGAGAGAAACCACCAACAUGAGAACACAGACAGUGGCCUCCUACUUCAGAUAUUCUCUGAUGGACCUGCUGUCAAAGAUGGUGGCGGGGCAGCCUCACUUUGUUCGCUGCAUUAAACCAAACAACGACCGACAAGCCAACAAGUUUGACCGAGAGAAAGUCCUGGUUCAGCUGCGAUACACUGGAGUCCUGGAGACGGCCAAGAUCAGACGGCAGGGAUACUCUCACCGCAUCCUGUUGGCCAACUUCAUCAAGAGAUAUUACAUCCUGGCUUUCCAAGCUCACGAGGAGCCGGCUGUGACUCAAGAAACAUGUUCUGCAAUACUGGAGAAGGCCAAGCUGGAGAACUGGGCCAUGGGGAAGACCAAGGUUUUUCUGAAGUACUACCACGUAGAACAUCUGAACCUGAUGGUGCAGCAGGCCACGCUGCGGAUCAUUGUGCUCCAGGCGUACGUCCGAGGCUGGCUGGGAGCCAAACGAUACCGGCGGAUAUUAAAGGAGCGAGAACAGAGUGCUCUGGUGCUGCAGUCAGCUUACAGAGGUCAGAAAGUUCGAAAGAAGGUGGCUGAUGACAAAAGCAAAGCAAAGUUUGAGGCCUUCAUAGUCCAAUUUCAGGCUGUUUGCAGGGGCUAUCUUGCAAAAAAGAAAUACAAGGAGUUGGUAGAUGAGAAGAACAAAGCUGCAACCAAGAUUCAGGCUCGCUACAGAGGGCACAAGGAAAGGAAAAGCUUAAAAAAGAAACGGGAAGCCAAAGAGAAAGAGGAAGCAGAGAAGGCCCUAAAAGAAAAAGAAGAAGAGACUCCUGAACCAGAGAAGAUCCCAGAGGAAGAAAGUUCUUCUGCUCCUGUUAACGAAGUGACGAAUGAGGAAGAUGAAACUAAAGCCGCUGUGGUUCUCCAGAGCAACUUCAGGGGCUACAAAGAGAGAAAAAAGUUUAAGGAGAGAAAAAAGACGAUGGCUGGGGCCGAAUUGGAGAUACCAACGAGUGAAGAGGUGGAAGAAGAAGAAAAAGAGCCUGCCAGCAAAGACGGGGAAGCGGAAAAACCAGAGGAGAAUGAAGAUGAAGACGAUAGUACGUUUGUAGCAGAGGAGAACGAUGACAGUGAUCACACACAGGUGCCAGAAGAUGACGAACACACCGAAGUGGCAGAUGAAGAAGUGAUGGAGGAUGCACCGGCAGCAGAAGCUGGAGAAGAAGAGCAGCAGGAGGAGAAGAAGGAGGAGAACGGACAAGAAAUGGCUGCAGGAGAAGAGGCUGUAAAUGUAGAAGAAGAAACCAAAGCUGCCACUGUCCUCCAGAGUAACUUCAGAGGCCACAAAGAGAGGAAGAGGCUGCAGGAUGAAGGAAAGAUCCCAGCGAAGAAACAGAAAGCAAAAAGUCCCACAGGUGAAGAAGAAGCACCAACAGUGAGCACUCCUACAGGUGAAGAGGAAGAAGAAGCAGCCACAGUGAGCAGCCCUGCAGGUGAGGAAGAGGUGCCAGUGGAGGAAGUCAGCAACGAGGCGACAGAAAAAGAAGAAUCAUCAACGGAAGCUCAAGAUGCAGUUUCUCCAAAUGAUGUCGAGUUAGAAGUCGAGGAGGCGAAAGCAGCUGUGGUGCUACAGAGCAACUUCCGGGGACACAAGGAGCGCAAACGCCUCGAGGAGGAGGGAAAGAUCCCUAAGAAGAAGAAGAAGAAGGAGGAGGAAGAAGUUGCACCAGAGCCUCCAAGAGAAGAAGAAGAUCAGGUAGUUGAGACGGACGAAUCGGUGCAAGAAUCCCAGCCGGAAGCUUCUGCAGAGAGCCAGGACGGCCCGGAUGAGGAAAAAGCUGCAACUGUCCUUCAGAGUAACUUCAGAGGCCACCGGGACCGAAAGAAACUGAAAGCAGAGCUAGAAGCAAAAAAGAAAACAAAAGAAGAAGAAGAAGCUGCCAAUGAUGCAGAAGAGGAUAUUAUUGAAGAGGAGGCAGGAGAGGAAGAGGCCCUGGAUGUUUGUGACGUGAUGAUAGAGCGUAAAGACGAGACAGAUGCUGACCUGGAGAGGCUGGAGGAGGAGCAGGCUGCCGUGAAGAUCCAGAGCAACUUCAGAGGGUACAAGGACCGGAAGAACCUCAAGGCCAACAAGCAGAAAGGUCGGAAUGAAGCCGUGCGACUAGAGAGCUUCUCCAGACAGAUCACAAAGACUUCUCACGAGUUCGUGGCCCUGCAGCAGAAGUUGAACGAGAUCAUCCAGGCCCAUCAAUCAAACCCCGAGAACAACGGCAUGUUUGUGAGAGGAAAAGCCGUCAAUGGCUUCGCUCCUCAGAAUCACCAAUCAACCGACAAGCGACAGUCAAGGACCCCCCGCAGGACGCAGCAGCCAAAGACCCUGAACACACCAGAGGACUCCACCUAUUACAACUUGAUUCAUCGGUCUGUCCAGGACGAUAAACGCAAGCCCAGGAAAGAGGAUCCGGGGAAGCUGCUGGACGUGGACGACCACUACUACCGGGAGCUGCCCACCAGCAGGUCGGCACCCUGCAUCUCCACAGAGGACAGCAGCGAGCCUGAGAGGAGGCAGUCUAUAGAGCGGAGAGGCUCCAAGGACAGGAGGCUGUCCGGAGAGGCAGCUGCUGUCAGCAGACCGACCAGAGAGAGAGCCGUCACUGAGCCAGAGCCUCCCAAACCGGACAGUGACAACAGGCGCUCUGUUCCCAGAAUGCCCUCCACAGAGAGCCGCACUGACGACAACCCAUUCGACUUCAGACAUCUACUGAGGAAGACCUCCCAGAGACGAAGGCUCAUCAAACAGUACUGAACUUUUGGCCAUUUGGCAAAUAAUCUGUCAAACACUGAAUGUAUUAUCAUAUAUUAUACUAUAUUAUACGUGAGCGUUUGAUUCAUCACAGCUUUUUCUGCAACUGUCAAGUUCUAAAAAUGAAUUUUAAGUCACCACCAGUCUCAUAAAUCUAAAUACAGCACUUACAGGAUGAAAUUUAAUGUAAAUAAUAAAAUGCUUUACACUUGAAUCUGUAAAUGAAGGUUUUAUUUAUGUAAUUGAAAACUAGAAAUUGACAUUUUGCUUAUUUUGCUGCAUUCAUUUCCUCUCCGGUUGGGCAAAUAUUGUGUUUUGAGGUUGUGCAUAUCCAUUUAAUUAAAUAUGGAAUAGAAUUGUAUAAAAUAUCUAUAGAUGAUGUAAAUAUAAAGCCAUUCUCUUACACUUGUAUACUUUGCACUUCAUUUCAUUUUGAAGAAUGUAUGUUUUGUGGGAAUAAGCACCUUGAGUGUUGUAAGAAAUGUACAUUCUCUCCUCUGGUGUAAUGUGUUU